AUGUGUUUGAUGCGUGAUGGUCAGUAUUGGCGGUGUACAUUGACUAUGGAGGUUGUUGCUCAGGCAGUGCAGAAUCAGCCUAAUGAUGGUGGGAACGACGAGUUCCGACAUUUGAGGAAGCUCCAUAGGAAUAAUUCGCCUACUUUCAAGGGUAGGUGUGAUCCUGAUGGACUGCAGACUUGGCUCGGGGAGAUUGAGAGGAUUUUCAAAGUGAUGGAUUGCUCUGAAGCACAGAAGGUGCAGUUCGGUACCCAUAUGCUAGCUGAGGAAACUGAUGACUGGUGGAUCAACACUCGUCAGGUGUUGGAUGUUGCAGCUGAAGUUGUGACUUGGGUUGUGUUCAACAGGGAAUUUAUGAGAAACUACUUUCCUGAAGAUGUUUAUGGGAAGAAGGAGAUUGAGUUUCUGGAGCUGAAGCAGGGUAACUUGUCGGUUACUGAGUAUGCUUCCAGAUUUGUGGAACUUGUUAAGUUCUACCCUCAUUAUAGUGAGGCGACUAAUGAGUUCUUAAAGUGUAUCAAAUUCAAGAGUGGUUUGCAUCCUGAGAUGAAGCAGGCGAUUGGAUACCAACAGAUUAUGAGGUUUAUAGAGUUGGUGAACAACUGUAGGAUUUAUGAGGAUGAUACUUAUAAAGGUAAACAGAAAGAUGAUAAUGGUAAGAGGCCAAGUGGGGGAGGUGAUCUUACUCCUCUUAAAUGCUAUAGGUGCAGUGAGUUGGGUCAUCGUGUCAGUGAAUGUAAGAGUGAUGUGAAGAAGUGUUACAAGUGUAGGAAGUUAGGACAUUUGGUUGCUGAUUGCAAAGAGAAUAUGGUGACUUGCUACAACUAUGGUGAACUAGGACAUAUCAGUACGCAUUUCCCGAAGCCUAAGCAAGCUUCAACUAAAGGAAAGGUGUUCACUCUGACAGGAACUCAGACUUUCAGUGAUGACAGGUUGAUCAUAGGUAUAUGUUAUAUCAAUAAUAAUCCUUUAAUUGCUAUUAUUGAUAUUGGUGCUACUCAUUCUUUUAUUGAUGUUGACUGUGUGAAAAGGCUAGGCCUUGUUAUGUCUUCUAUGAGUGGAGAAAUGGUUAUCGAAACUCCUGCUAAGGGUUCGGUGACUACUACUUCGUUUUCCAUUGGAUAA